AUGGCAAGCCAAGAUGUUGCGUCGAUGGUGCAAGGGAGCGGAGCAUACGUUUCACCACGCCAGGAGGUCAUCAUCCACAGGACUGUGCGGGACGUUGGCGGGGCCAACUGGCCGGUCCUCACACGCACAAUCUACGGCGAAUGGGCGGUGCUGAUGAAGGUCAAGUUGCGUGCGCGCAAGCUUUGGCGGGCCAUCGAGGAAGGCACCGAGGAUGAAGAAGAGGACUGUGCAGCGAUGGAAGCGAUUCUGUCCGCUGUGCCUCACGAUUACGUGGAGUCGCUGGGCGCAAAGGACUCCGCAAUGGCUGCUUGGGACGCCCUCAAGGCCAUGCGCAUCGGGUCUGAUCGCGCAAAGAAGGCGAAGGCGCAGCAGUUGCGGCGGGAGUACGAGGCGCUGGCAUUCCGCGACGGCGAGGCAGUGGCGGAUUUCUCGCUCCGUUUGCAGUCGCUCGUCAGUCAGCUGGCGGCGCACGGCGUCAGCAUCACCGAUGAGGAGGCGAUCGCCAAAUACUUGCGCGUCGUGCCGCCUAAGUAUGCCCAGAUCGCGCUCUCCAUCGAGACGUUGAUCGACAUGUCCACCCUUACGAUUGAGGAUGUGACUGGGCGCUUGCGGGCAGUGGAUGACCGCGUGGAGAUGGCGACGAUAACUACCAGCGGCAAGUUACUACUGACCGAGGAAGAAUGGGCAGCUCGUAUGCGCGAGCGGCAACCCGGGAAAGGCUCCUCCAACCGUGGCGGCUACGACAAGCACCGUGGCAAGGCCCCGCAGAAGAAGAAAGAUGGCAACAACGCACGUCUGGUCGAUACGGACACUUGUCGACGCUGCGGGAAGACAGGGCACUGGGCCCGGGAUUGCAAGAAUCCAAAGAAGGAGAAGAGGGAGGCGCACCUCGUGCAGGUGGACGACGAGGAGCCAGCUCUUCUCAUGGCAACGACCUACAAGUUGCACGACGUCGAGCCAGAGUUGGAGGAAGUCAAGGCGGCGGCUACAGAGCAGGGGAAGGCACUGCAGGCCGUUCACCUCGACGAGUCGAGUGCCCAAGUCCACCUUGGACGAAUGGGCGGUGGCAUGGAGCAGAGGUGGUACCUGGACUCCGGCGCCAGCAAUCACAUGACCGGCUCCAAGGAGGCCUUCUCCGAGCUUGAUGACGGCGUGACGGGGACGGUGAAGUUCGGCGACGGCUCGAAGGUGGAAAUUCGAGGUCGCGGCACUGUCAUCUUCCGGUGCCAGAACAGCGAGCACCGCGCAUUGACGGAUGUGUACUAUAUCCCGCAGUUGCGUUCAAGCAUCAUCAGCAUCGGGCAACUGGACGAGCACGGCUGCGAGGUGCUUGUCAAAGGCGGCGUGCUAAAGCUCCAGGACCAGGAACAGCGGCUGCUGGCUAAGGUCCAACGUUCCCGGAACCGCCUCUACCUCCUCGACUUGAAAGUGGAGCAACCUGUGUGCUUGGCGGUACGGCACACUGAGGAGCCAUGGCUAUGGCAUGCUCGGUUCGGCCAUUUGAGCUUCGACGCACUCGGUCUGCUGAGGAAGAUGGUGCGCGGGCUCCCGCACAUCGAGCUGUGCGAUAGCUGCCUGGCAGGGAAGCAGAGGCGGCUGCCUUUUCCAAAGGCGGCCAAGUAUCGUGCGGCGGACGUCCUCGAUCUCGUCCACGGCGACCUCUGCGGGCCGAUCACGCCGGCUACGCAUGGCGGACGACGCUACUUCCUGCUGCUCGUGGACGACUGUAGCCGUUUCAUGUGGCUGCAGCUCCUGACGAGUAAGGAUCAGGCUGCGGAGGCAAUCAAGCGAUUCCAGGUGCGGGCUGAGGCAGAGUCCGGAAAGCGGCUGCGCGUGCUGAGGACGGAUCGCGGUGGCGAGUUCACAUCAGUGGAAUUCGCCGCGUAUUGUGCAAACCAUGGGGUAGUGCGCCAUCACACUGCGCCGUACUCACCGCAACAGAACGGCGUAGUGGAGCGGCGGAAUCAGACCGUGGUGGGCAUGGCCCGAAGUAUGAUGAAGGCAAAGGGUAUGCCAGCGGAGUUCUGGGGAGAGGCCGUGAGCACGGCGGUGUUCAUCCUCAACCGUGCGCCCACGAAGGCCCUGAAGGGCAUGACACCAUUCGAAGCUUGGCAUGGCAGGCAGCCCGACGUCUCGUUUCUGAGGACCUUCGGGUGUAUUGGCCAUGUGAAGAAGACGAAGCCCUUCCUGUCCAAGCUUGAGGAUAGGAGCAUACCGAUGGUGCUCCUAGGCUACGAGGAGGGGAGCAAGGCCUAUCGGCUCUACGAUCCACGUGGAGACAAGGUGGUGGUCUCGCGGGAUGUGGUGUUCGACGAAAUGGUGGCCUGGGAUUGGGAGAAUCCUGGCACGGGGGAAGCCCGUGGCGUCGGCGGUACGUUUGUCAUCGAGCAUUUGGUGAUCCACGGAGGAGGAGAUGCGGGAUCAGAGGAGCCAGCUGCGGACGCGCCAAGUCCAGCAACUGUGGUUGCGUCAGUUGAGCCGCAAAGUCCGGCCAUGGGCACGGGCGAAGAGUCUCCACCAGCAGCUGCGCACACGCCCCCACCACAGUCCCCUGCUGCGGCAGGACAGGGGACACCUCCAGCGACGACAGUUGAGUUCACCUCUCCUCCGAGCAACAUCGACGAGUAUGUGGAUGCUUUCCACGAUGGUGAGGAGGUGAGGUUUCGCAGGAUGGACAACCUCGUUGGCAACUCGAUUGUACCAGGCUUGGCAAGCCGAUUACUCGACGAUCAGGAGCAGCUCCUCGUCAGCGCAGAGGAGCCAUCGACUUUCGCGCAGGCCGAGCGCGAUGUCAGUUGGAGACGAGCUAUGCUAGAGGAGAUGAAGGCGAUCGAGGAAAAUGAGACGUGGGAGCUCAUCGAUCCACCUCCAGGCU